AUGGGGAAACAUGCUAGAGAAAAAACAAUGUUGCAAAAACGGGAAAGAAAAAGAGAAAAAAAUGAUGAAUGGAGAGAAUUAAAAAGAGAAAAAGGAAAAAUUGGCUUUCGUGCCACCGAUAGCAAAUGGUCUUUGGUCAAUAGUGUACCUGAGGACGCGCGCGCAGCUGGUCGCCACCUCAUCUACUCAAGUACAUUUUAUAAUUCUACAGACCUUGAACGCCAGAACGGUAACAACGAACCUCUUAAAGCCUAA